AGAGACGUCACGACAUAUACAAUAGCCCGAUUGGCCGCAGGAAGAUUUAAAACUUUGUAAACGGUUUGAGCGGGUUGGUGCCACAGUACCAGGGGGAGCCAUGGACGCGCUGUCGAAGGACGCCAGCUCCUUGCUGGAGGUGUUUGAUCAGAAGCUGAAGGAGUAUGUGGACGACGUGGAGAACAACCACAUGGUCUGGCUGCUGGAGAUCCAGGAGGAGGCCAGCAAGAUGUUCUGCAGUGAAUCCAAUUGUGAGCCCGAGUUGAUGCCCAAGACCCCCUCCCAGAAGAGAAAGGGCCGAAAGAGGCAGUCUGUGGGCGGUAGUGGGACCCAGAACCCCAACAAGAGGCGAAUCUCCAAGGGCAGGCGGAGCAACGUACGGCGCUCCUCCUUGAUGAAGGUGCAGGUCCUCAGCCUGCUGGCAGAGGAGGUGGAGCAGGGAGGGCAGCAGGGGUGGGAGACAGAGGGGACCAGGCCCAAGAGGAGCACCCGCAAGGCAGCCCAGGCUGCCAAGGAGGCCCCUUCGGACUGCCAGGCAUGGGCAGUCCUGGCCGAGAGGAGAGUCCCCCUGGUGGAAAUCAGCAGUGAGGAGCGCCGGUCUGCAGAGCUCGCCCAGCAGGAGUGGGAAACAUCCCCCGUGCCGGGGGACAGCGAGGGCUCGGGGCGCAGUGUCUCAAAGCUGGCCAUCGCGGAGGGCAGCAGCGGCAAGGCACGGGCGUCGGGGUGCGAGACUGUCGACACCCCCAAGUCGCACAAGCGGGCUCCCCGGUCCUCAGUGAGGCGCUCGAUUGGUGGCCAGCGGUCGCUACUCAGCAUUCGGGAGAGCAUGACCCGCGAGUCCCUGCGCAGGGCCAGCCGCCGCUCUUUCCUCAAGAAGGCGGCUCUGCUGGAGUCCUCCGCCUCCAGCACUGUGAGCGGUAAGAACUACGUUGAGGUCACUGAAGAGGAGGAGGAGGAGGAGGUGAAGCAUGAGGAGGCUGUGCAUGCUGCUACCCCAGUGUCUCCCAUCCCAGUGAUUGUGAUUGUCGACACCCCUCCCAAACGUCACUCCACCCGGUCAGCCACCAGGAGCAGCACACAGGCAGAGUCCCAGGCAGCACCAGCACCCCAAUCCAGCCUGGAGACACACACCCUGCCUUCACUGGAAGAUUGCAAUCUGGAGAAGACGGACGCAGCUCAAACAGGCCUCGGACAGAAGCCCAGCUGCAAGCGUGCUGUGAACGAGGUGGAGAGCAGUGCUGGGAGAGGGGCUCAGCAGGACGAGGGCUCAGCCAGCCCCAAGAAGAAAACUCCCUCCCCUCCCAGCAGGACCCAGAAUGUGUUGAAGCCCCACAUGAAGUCCUUCCUCCAAACUGUGCAGAAGAACCAGCUGCUCAUGACCCCCCUCUCUGUCGGCCGUUCCACUGUCAAGUCAUUCAUCAAGCGCACCACCCCCCUCAAGGUGGACCUCAAGACUGGUUCUGUCGAGAAGGAGAGGCAUCUUGUGGAAAUGCUGAAGAAGAAACUGGAGCAGGAGGUUGAGAGGAAGAAGAAGAUGGAGGAGGAUAAGAGACGCAAGCUGGAGGAGAUGAAGAGGAAGCGUGAGGUUCGCUUGCGUAAGGUGAUUGAGGCUCGAGAGAGGGAGGAGCAGAAGGAAGAGGAGAAGAAGAAGAAAAUUGAGCAAAAGCUUGCUCAUUUCGAUGAGAAGAAUGACAAGCUGCGUGAGGAGCGGCUUGCGGAGGAGAAGGCGAAGAGGAAAGUGAACACUAAGAAGACUGAAGAGGUGGAGAGCCGGCGCAGACAGGAGGAGGAGGCGCGCAGGAACAAGAUCCAGGCUGCGGAGGAAGAGGAGCGGCUGCUCCUGAAGAGGCGUGAAGAGGAGCUGGAGCGCGGCAGGAAGCUGGCAGAGGCCCGCAGGCUGCAGGAGCUGGAGAGGAAGAGGGAGCAGGAGAAGGUCCAGGCACAGAGGGAGCGUGAGCGAGUGGAGAAGGAGAAGGCAGAUGCCCUGCAGAGAGAGGUGGCGCGGGCAGCCAGAGAAAAGCUUGCGCUGAAGGCAGAGGAGGAGAAAGCGAGGCUGCACAAGGAGGCGGAGGAGAGGAGAAAGCUGGAGCUGCUGGCCAAGGAGAAGCAGGUGGCUGUGAAUAUCGUCAACGUCACGAUCAACAUUGAGAAAUCUCCUCAGUCCUACCAGAUGACUCCCAAGGGAGGCAACAUGCAGAAUUUGGGUACCGAUGAUUAUGGGAUGGAUCUGAACAGCGAUGAUUCGACGGACGACGAAGGGGAGCCAAAGAAACCCCUCCCGUCCUGGGCUGAGGGCAAGAGGCUGAACCAGGCAGUCAUGCACCAGUACUACAACCCCAUCGAUCUGGAGAGGUGCUUCCGCAAGGUCCUGCCAAUCAAGCUGGAGGAAAUCUUCUGCAAGAGCAAACCACGCUACUUCAAACGCACCAGCUCUGCGGUGUGGCACUCCCCACCCGGGGGACGCAGCAACACCGCCAACAUGGGCAUCUACUCCCUCAGCAAGUUCUAGCAGCACGCAGGGUCAAACGUUCGUUUUGCUACGGGUUUGGCAAGACACCCCUGCGCUUGUGACACUGGCUAAUCAAGCUCAUGUCAAGAGUGGGGUGGCACUGCUGUGCAAGAAAGGUCUUACUUCCAUCCCUGAACAACUUCUUUUGUCCUAUUUGUUUAGACUGUAAAUAAAGAGAAAUUCACUAUAGAAUUCAUUUUUUAUUUUUAUUUUAAGUGAGAUGCAUAGCCUGUCUAGAGAAUGGAUCUCGGAUCUAGAUAUAUAGAUAGAUAUAGAGAUAGAGAUAUAGAUAUAUAUAGUAUUGCAGCGCUGGUUUGAGAAUUCUGGGUCGUCUUCCAGGGAAUGUCAUUGCUAAGGUCCUGCUUGUUCUCUAGCGAGGGUUAUCAGCCUUCUUCAUGAACGAAUGGGUGGAAGAGGCUAGGCUGGGGUUGAUAGAGGCGCAGCAUUGGGGGUUACUCGUUUUGUACCCCCUGCCCCCCCCCAUUU